UUUUGGGCAUAAAAUUUGCAUAAACCACCCAAAACAAAUUAGAAGACAAAAAAGUCCAAGCUUGCUUCUUCAUCAAUGGCGUCGAGGAAGUCGGCCUUUUAUGGAAAACCCAGUUCCAUUUUUCCAGCCUCGUCUAUGGACGACAGCGCAGUUGGCUCAGAUGGGCUGUUCGAAUUCGACGAGGCGGAUAUCUGCAACGCAUCAUCCAGCACAGUUACUGAGUCCAAGAAGAGCACAAUUCUCAGCCACAGUGAGCCGAAGAAAAUGGGGAGGAGGAUGAUGGUGAAGAACAUGAGCAUGGCGGAGAAGGGUGCCGCCGACAAGGUGAUGCCAUCGUCGCUGCCGGUGAACAUUCCGGACUGGUCCAAGAUUCUCAAAGACGGGUACAAAGAACAGAGGAAGCUGGACAGUGAUGAACACUGCGGUGGAGAAUUCUACGGUGACGAUGAGGAGGACGACGGCGGAGAUGGGAGGGUUCCGCCUCAUGAGUACUUGGCGAGGACGAGAGGGGCUUCGUUUUCCGUCCAUGAAGGGAUUGGGAGGACUCUGAAAGGCAGAGACUUGAGGCGGGUGCGAAAUGCAAUUUGGAAAAAAGUUGGGUUCGAAGAUUAGCAAAAAUUAAAGUUUUAAGGAAAAAUAGACUUAAUUUACUGGAAUUUUUGGGCAGGCAUAAAAUAAAAUUUGAAGUCAAUGACUGAUCUCUGAUUUAAUUUUUAUUAUGUAUGAUGUCCGUUAAACUUGUUGGAUUAUAAGGGACUUGGAAACGGGUCUUCAUCUUAAUAUUUUAGUACAAACAUUUUUUGUAUUUAAAUGUUUCUGGUUCUGUUUUGUGGGGUUUAAUCUUUGUUUUCUGGGUUUGUUUUUGUUUUUGGGUAUUAGAGCAUCAUGAAUGUAAAUCUGUAAGCUUUGAGUUACUUGUAGCUCAAAAGUCUACAAGUUACUCGUAGUCAUAUGAUCUAUCUUUUUUGUAGCAGUUAAA